GGCCGCAGAGGAAGCCUGGCGGGAUCUCCAGGUCGCCGCCGCCAGCCCGCCCGGCCGUAGCUAAGACGAGCGGAAACGCCUCCGUUUUACAAAACAAAGGGAGAAACGGGAGGCGUGCGCGGCCCGCGGGGCUGAGACCUCGGCGGUUGGCCCCUCCGGCCCGGGCGCUGCAGCAUCUUUGGGUGGCCAUGGCGACGAGCCUUGGGAGCGGCUGGCGCUGGGGGUCCGACGGCCGCCAGGCGCCUCCGAAGAUCACGCCGACCGUGGAGGAGCUGCAGAGCCGCGUGCAAGAGACGCUGGACCUGCUGUCCCCGCGGGAGCUGAGCCACUUCCGCGUCCUCCUCAAGACCGUGGACGAGGGGCCGCGCGUGAGCCCCCUGCGGCUGGAGCUGGAGGGCGGCAGCAAGGCGGGGCUGGCCCGUCUCCUGGCCCAGCACUACUACCUGCCCGCCGUGUCGCGCGUUCUCAUCAAGGUGCUGCAGCAGCUGCGCCGCGCCGACCUGCUGCCGCGCUGGCAGAGCGCGGAGGACGACGACCGCCGGGAGAUUCCAAGAAAGAUUCUAAAGAGAAGCUAUGACUGUGUGGAUGGCGAACUGGACUGUUAUGACCUGAGUGGCAAGCGGAAGGCUUUCCUCAUGUGUGUGGAGAAGAACAGACCCGGGGCUCACCGGGACAUCAUGCUAAUGACCGAAUGGCUUGGCCAAUGCCAGUUUGAGCAUACUUCGUGCAUCGAUCCAAACAAAAUGGAGUUACUUGGGAAAAUAUCAUCAUUUCGGGAUGGACUCAAUGAAAUUAAGGAUGAUGUUGGCUGUUGCCUUGUUACUCUUAUGUCCCACGGGGAGAAAGGCUUUAUUAAGAUGAAAGAUGGUGAGAGAGUCAGCCUGGAGGACAUUUUUGAAAUGUUUAAUAAUAAAAAUUGUCCGGCACUUCAAGAGAAACCAAAGAUCUUUAUAAUCCAGGCCUGCAGAGGAGAGAAAAGAGAUAAUGGUGUUGAGACAGAUGAUGAACCCAUGGAGUCUGAUGACGUAUCUGAGAAGAGGAGGCUGCCCACGUUCAGUGAUUACUUCAUCAUCUAUCCUACCCAGGCAGGAGUGCUGUGAAAAAAUUACUGAGACACUAAGGGCACCAUGAACUGAGAAAGUUUGGGAGCUUCUGCACAGAGGAAUCUUCUGCACACGUAUACACAUGGAAAGGCCGACCAACUGUCCCAGUUUGCCCGAGAUGGAGGGGUCUCCUGGGAUACUGGACUUUUCAGUGCUAAUACCAGGAAAGUGGUGAAUGGGGCUGAGUCGAGCACUCUACUCUGGGCACUUCUUUGAAGUUGCUUAGUGGGGCAAAUGAAGGGGCAGGAAUCUAAAGCCACUGGGAGUGGUAUAUUCAUACUGUAGGAUACUGUGCCGCAGUUGAAAAGAAUCAUCAUGAAGUUUCAAAUGCAACAGUUAAUGAAAAUAAGACAGCUGUGGGGCAUCUGGGUGGCUCAGGUUGUGAUCUCACAGAUCGUGAGUUUGAUUUCUUGGGCGUGGGAUGAGGCGGGAGGGAGAAUUUGAUGGAUUCCUUUUAUAAUUUGAAUUGUGAACCAUUUGUGUUUGAGUCCAUUUUUUGUUGCUUUUUGGAUUCCCCAUACAAAUGAAAUUAUAUGGCAGGUCUUCCCUGUCCGGCUUACUUUACUUAGCAGCAUACCCUCUAGUCCAUCCAUGUUGGCAAGAUUUCUUUCUUUUUUAUGGCUGAGUAAUAUUCUCUUGUGCCUAUGUGUGUGUGUGUGCGCGCAUGGGUGUCCAUGUAAGAUAAAUAUACAUCUAUAUUUUUAUCUAUUCAUCUAUUGAUAGAUGAAUUGUGAACCAUUUGAAUGUAUUAUCUAUUCAAACAAUGGAUUUAAUCACGGCUUGACUUUUGACUAAGAUCAAGGGCAAAAAAAAAAGGUUUAAAACAUUUUAAAGUUAUCUUCUUUUAGAAAGUAGAUUUCGACAAAAUUCGGGCUUCCGACAUCUAGUUCACCGUUGAAGUUUAUACCAGCUACCUGACCCCUGUGAGUUCUAGAGCCUGUCCCUCCUGGCCUGUGACCAAGCCAUCUCACCUAUAUAUAAGAGAAGCUAUAAAGUGUUCAUGUGUUCAUUGGCUACUUGUUUUCAGUCUUGUGAGUGAUUGGAGCUCUUGUUCUAUGGCCAGAGUCAUCAUCUAAUGCAAUGUUGGGGGAAUCCCGGUCCUGAUGACUUUUUAAUUUGACCCUGUUUGGUAAAUCUGCAGAAAUUCACUAGCUUUCAGCCCGAGUCUAAAGUUCUCCAGUUUUACUCAUCGGACUCAUUUUUUUGUGGCCUAGAGUCUGUCCUGAGGACUGAACCCGUGGCCAUGGACGACAAUAGCUGAUUAUUUUCAAAGUGACAAGAAAUGUAUAAUCUUUCAUUUAAUAAGAUGCUUGGAAGCUACACUGAUUUUCGCUCUGCUGACUGGCACAUCCUCCACGGGGUUGCAGACCAUGUUAGGUUAGAGGCUUUCAAAUGUUAUUUGCCACAACCUACAGGAAGAAAGAGCUAUUGUGUUGCAUCAAAUCUAAUGCCUUGAUUGUAAGACAUACCAUUAUUUUGUGUCCUCAGGGAGCUACCAAUUAAUUACUCUGUGACACGGAAGAGAUUAUAUAGCACAUCCAGAUUUCAGAGAUGCCUAAGUGGGGGGAGGGGGGCAGAAAACUUCAAUAUUAGAGUUGAUAAAAUCUACACUUCAUUAUAGUCUAUCACAUAUAUUUAUGUAAAAGUAUAAAUACACAUGUAACACACUAGUUUUAUAAAUUAUAGCUACCCUUGCUGCAUUGAUGUACUUUAAUAUUUUCUACUAUAUCCCAUUUUAUCCCAUUUUCAAAAAAGGCAGUUUCAUUUUUUUUAAUUAAUUAAUUUAUUUUGAGAAAGAGAGAGAGAGAGAAAGUACAAGCGGGGAAGGGGCAGAGAGAUGGAGAGACAGAAUCCCAAGCAUGGGAUGAGCCAUGGGGCUUGAACUCCCAACCAUGAGAUCAUGACCUGAGCAGAGAUCAAGGGUUGGAUGCUUAACUGAGCUGCCCAGGCGCCCCUAAAAAAUACAGUUUCAGUAUGCUAAAUUGAUUUGUUGGCUGAUAAUUGGGCCGCAACCUGCAGUUUGAAGAAUACUGGAUGGAUUGUCAAACAUCGUGAUGUGGUGUUUCUAACUCAGAUUUACUCCAAGAGGGACAAUGCUGAAAUUGCUGUAUGGUUCCUAUACUAAACAGAUACGUUUUGUGGAUUUGUUUACAACUUUAUGGAGAUAUAGUUGAAGUAUGAGCUGUACAUAUUCCACGUGUACCAUUCGAACAGAUGGAAGUAUAUGUUCAUGACACCAUCACCAUGAUCAAGAUAAAGCAAAUAUUGCUGUCACCGCAAAAAGUUUCUUCAUGUUUGAAUCUGUCCCAACCUCCAUCCCCAUCCCUGAGUCACCACGGUUGUGUUUUGUUACCACUGAUUAGAUUAUAUUUUCUGGAAUUUUAUAGGACUAGAAUUAUAUAGCAUGUAGGUUUCCUCCCUCCCUCCCUCCCUUCUUGUCUUCUU